AUGGACUUCGACGAUGAUCCCGAGGAGCCUCCAGAUGAUACACGCCUUGACUUCGCCGACGAAGAGCCACUUCCGCGCACAUUCCCGAAAGUGCAUUACCACAUGUCCAAGUCACAGCGUUUCUGCGAGGACAUUACAAGCUUUGUGAUACGGAACAAAGGAGAUCCCGCAUUCAAGAUGUUCAUGCCGUCACUCAAGGAUCACCUUCUCGCUCGCCUCACCGGAUGCGCAUACAAUGGUGAUGAAGAUAUGUUCACAGACAAGGAACGUGAUCAAAUUUCAUUCCUUGACAACAAGUUGUUCCGUCACAAGGUUCUCCGAAUCAAUUACACCACGUACGAUAUGCGCCACGCCCAGGAUUCCAUAAAUCCUCGCACACACCCCGAUGUCAUGGUGCUAUCACACGAAGAUGGUGAAGAUGCUGAUCAACACCCUUAUUGGCUGCUACCGAUAUCCAGACAGCCACAACACAUGGACUUUCUGUGGGUACGUUGGUUUGGUCGCGAUCUUACAGCACCAGGUGGCUUCGAGACCCGCCGCUUGCACCGUGUCGGGUUUGUUGACAUUGACGACUACAAGCCAUUUGGCUUCCUUAAUCCCGACGAAGUCCUCCGAGGAGUGCACCUCAUUCCGGCCUUUGCCCAUGGACGAACAUCUGACCUUCUACCGCCUUCCAUUGCACGACAUUCUGAAGACAACGACGAGGAUUGGCUAUUCUAUUAUGUUAAUAUGUUCUUCGAUCGUGACAUGUUCAUGAGAUACCUCGGUGGUGGUGUCGGACACAAGGGAACAGGUAUCACCCUGCCAAUGGUCGGGGAUGGGAUGGAUAUAGACGAUGACAAGUCGGAUGAUGACAAGCAAUCCGUGGAUUGUUUGGUGCAAGACAAAGACGAAGGUCAGAUUGGACAGGAAGAAGAUGACUACGGCUACAGGGAUUCGGAUGACGAUGAAGAUGAGCAGGGCACUGGAGGCGAAGGAAGUGAUCAUGAAGAGGUUGAAGAUCUUGGCCCGGAGGAUGGCGAGGAUGGUGAAGAGGACGAGUACGGCGACAAAGGCUAUGCGCCGCUGUAG